AUGCAUCCUUCCCCCUCCUUGUUACUUCAAACCAUUCGGCAACAUCGAUGGAUAGCCAUGAUAUCCUGUCAAGCUUCCGUUAAGUCUCCAGUUGCCCUCAUCGAUGAACAUGAGAAAGUGAUUAUAAGCGUUUCAGUUAAGGAGAAUGAGAGCAAAGAUCUAAUUGAUGUUGUCUCUGACGAUUUCAUGAUGGAGUGGUCAAGACCAGCACAGCAAGGUGAGAAACCAACUCCCCGAUAUGGACAUACUGGGGUGACAAUUGGGGAGAACUGGUUUAUCGUUGUUGGCGGUGAUAACAAAAGUGGAGCAUCUGAAAGUGUUGUACUAAACAUGUCAACUCUUACUUGGUCGGUGAUUGCUUCAGUUCAAGGAUGUGUACCUCUAGCUAGCGAGUAACUCUCAUGUGCAUGACCAGUGUGCAAGGUUAUCACUGAAGAUGGAUGCGCUAGAGAAGUUUCUUUGCCAAGCUCAUGGACAUGCAGAUGUGACAGGUGACAGGAGAGCUUACAUAAGCUUACGUACAGCUUACAUGUAUAUGUACUUCGCCACAUAUAUUUAAGUCCAUAUAGAUUAUAUAUAUUUAUUCACACACACAAGGAAAAGCUUAUGGACCAUUACAAAGCAACCAUGAAGCCAUGCUGCAGUAAUGCUAGGGUCAGGAAAGAAAAUGUUGGCAAGGUGAUUAGAUAUGAUAACUCCAGCGCAGUGGCAUGACUGGCCGUAACCGGUGUUGUGUAAAUCAGAGGACAAAAAAGAAAGUUAAAACAAAGCUGUGUUAAAAAUUGUAAAAUCAAAGUAAAAGCAGUAACUCGAUAUGUUAUCUUUAGUGAUGAAGAGAGUUGUAGAAAGUAAGGAAAAAACAUCAAGAGAGACCAAAGAUAAGA